AGGGACCGCCGAGCCCGGCGGGGGGACAGGGGAGGAGGCAGCGGCGCCCUCCCUCCCCUUCUCCCCCCGAAGCCGCCGCCGCCCUCGGGCUCCGCAGCAGCGCCCGCGGCGCCGCCGCCUCUGCAGUCUGACUCAUCAGUAGAAAUUGUGAAGAGCUGCAGAAGAGAAGCCAAACAGACAAGCUGAUAACUCAAAGAAAUACUCUUUUGAGUUUGGGGUUCAGAGUGGAGUCAUCAUGAGCGAUGUUACCAUUGUGAAGGAAGGCUGGGUACAGAAGAGGGGAGAAUAUAUAAAAAACUGGCGGCCAAGAUACUUCCUGCUAAAGACAGAUGGCUCUUUCAUAGGCUAUAAGGAGAAGCCCCAGGAUGUGGAUCUGCCAUAUCCACUCAACAACUUUUCAGUGGCAAAAUGUCAGCUAAUGAAAACAGAACGACCAAAGCCGAACACAUUCAUUAUCAGAUGUCUUCAGUGGACCACUGUCAUAGAGAGGACGUUCCAUGUAGACACUCCAGAGGAACGGGAAGAAUGGACAGAAGCAAUCCAGGCUGUAGCAGACAGACUUCAGAGGCAAGAAGAGGAGAGGAUGAACUGUAGUCCAACUUCUCAGAUAGACAAUAUAGGAGAAGAAGAGAUGGAUGCUUCAACAACCCAUCAUAAAAGAAAGACAAUGAAUGAUUUUGAUUACUUAAAACUACUGGGCAAAGGCACGUUUGGCAAAGUUAUCCUGGUCCGAGAGAAGGCUAGUGGCAAAUAUUAUGCUAUGAAGAUUUUGAAAAAAGAAGUAAUCAUUGCAAAGGAUGAAGUGGCUCACACUCUUACAGAAAGCAGAGUAUUGAAAAACACCAGACACCCUUUUUUAACAUCCUUGAAAUAUUCCUUCCAGACAAAGGAUCGUUUGUGUUUUGUGAUGGAGUAUGUUAAUGGAGGAGAGCUGUUUUUCCAUUUGUCGAGAGAGCGGGUGUUCUCAGAGGACCGCACACGCUUCUAUGGUGCAGAAAUUGUCUCUGCCCUGGACUAUCUGCAUUCUGGGAAGAUUGUGUACCGUGAUCUCAAGUUAGAAAAUCUAAUGUUGGAUAAAGAUGGACACAUAAAAAUUACAGAUUUUGGACUUUGCAAAGAAGGAAUCACAGAUGCAGCAACUAUGAAAACAUUCUGUGGUACUCCAGAAUACCUGGCACCUGAGGUGUUAGAAGAUAAUGACUAUGGCCGUGCAGUGGACUGGUGGGGAUUAGGAGUUGUCAUGUAUGAGAUGAUGUGUGGAAGAUUACCCUUCUACAACCAAGAUCAUGAGAAACUAUUUGAACUGAUAUUAAUGGAGGACAUAAAAUUUCCUCGAACUCUAUCUGCAGAUGCAAAAUCGUUAUUAUCAGGUCUACUGAUAAAGGAUCCAAAUAAACGACUUGGUGGAGGCCCAGAUGAUGCCAAGGAAAUCAUGCGUCACAGUUUCUUUGCUGGAGUAAACUGGCAAGAUGUAUAUGAUAAAAAGCUUGUACCUCCUUUUAAACCUCAAGUGACAUCUGAGACAGACACCAGGUAUUUUGAUGAAGAAUUUACAGCUCAGACUAUUACAAUAACACCGCCUGAAAAAUAUGACGAGGAUGGUAUGGACUGCAUGGACAAUGAGAGGCGGCCGCAUUUCCCCCAGUUUUCCUACUCUGCAAGUGGACGAGAGUAACUCUUUUGUUCUGCUGCUUCACUGUCAUCUUAGGUUUAUCAGUGAAAAUGAUUCCUGAACAUCACCACCAGUACUAGAUACUACUAAGAUAGCAGGGGCACUUUCAGAGACCAUUCCAAAUUGAACAAGUUUCUUUCCCAAACCUGCCUAAAAUCCGUUCUGGUUUUGCAUGACAUAUGAGAUUCUCUCUACUCCGCUGUCCUGCUGUUGCUGCUGCCCACAGUCUCAGUAUAAUAGCAACAUCAAGAAGUUACUAACAGUUUCUUUGAAGGUAAAUGACUUAACUUCAGCAUUGUACACUUUGUGAACAAGUAGUCAUCUAUUUUUCCUCACAGUGGAGGCUAAACAAAAGCCAUGUCGGUCCAGCUUAUCUUCUUCCAGAAGAUGAAUCAAAAUUGUAAUUAGUCUAAACAGACCAGGCGAUAACAUUUUCUUGCAUCUGUUUGUGCUGGUUAGAAUGAGGAAACGUAGAGGUGGUGAUGUACAUAUGCAAGGUUUCUGUUAGGCAUAUCAUUACUUGAAGCAGGUCUCUGUCAUUAACAUCUGGCUGGAAUUUGUUUGGGAAAUGUUUGAGAGAAGGACUUAAAUUGUUGAUAUAUAUAAAUAUAUAUAUAUAUAUAUUAUUUUUUAAUUACUGUUGGAUACUACAGAAGAAGCAGAAGGGCUGGGCUCACCCAGCCUGCCACUUAGAACUUCCAGGUUCAUGUGCAAUCAUGGAGAAUUGAACAUUAUACAUGCAAGAAAUGAAGGCAUAAAAGCAGCAGUUGAAGUUGUUCAAGGGGUUUUAUAAUUUGCACCAGAUAACAUCUUUUUCAUGCUUUUCUCUUUCAUGAUAUGCAUCACCUCUGAUGGCUGAAGAAUGUAGACAGGCAUAAUGGUAUUGCUUUUCACCAAAA